GGAAGCUUCUGGACCCCGGUACAUCAAACGGCAGCAGGGUUGGACUUUCGUACUCUGCUCGAACGCCAUGGCGAUCGCCGCCGCCGCCGCUAUCCCUCGAUCUCUCCUCUCCCUUUCCUCUUCCUCCCACUGGCGAUUUCUCUUCUCCGCCAGUUCCAGUCUACUGCGCCUCCGCCGCUCCAAAUUCACCUCUGCCUUCUUCGUUCCCUCUUUAGCCGGCCGCCGCUGUGAGACUGCGCUCCCCGUUGUCUCAGUCUUCCUCCCCUCGCCGAGGCUUCCUUCAGUUUCCACAGACGCUCGUUGUUUUUGCUCUUCCUCCCGCUCCAGCAACACCAAUUCCACCGCUUCCUUCGGCUGGUCCGACGAUGAGGACGAGAACAAGGCGAGCACGAAGAUAAAGGAGGUCGACAAGAGCAAGCUUCCCCCUCCCUACGACCCCUUUAGCAAGAAGCCAGCGGUGGAGGAGCCCCGGGACCCCUCCGACCUGCAGGAGAUCUUCCACAAGAUGCGCACCGAGGGCCUCGCCCACGAGGCCCUGCAGCUGUUCGCCAUCAUCAAGGAGCCCUGGGACCCCUCCGACCUGCAGGAGAUCUUCCACAAGAUGCGCACCGAGGGCCUCACCAACUACGCCAUCAAGAUGUUCGACGGUUUGUCCAAGGACGGCCUCGCCCACGAGGCCCUGCAGCUGUUCGCCAUCAUCAAGGACAAGGGAACCAUGCCUGACGUCGUCGCACACACGGCCGUCCUCGAGGCCUACGCCAACGCCGGCGGCCACUCCAAGGAAGCCAUUCGCACAUACGACCGCAUGCUCGCGUCCGGCGUGUGCCCCAACGCCUACACGUUCGCCGUCCUCGUCAAGGGCCUCGCGAAGGACGGGCGAUUGCCGGAGGCGCGCAAGUACUUGCUGGAGAUGAUGGGGAAGGGCAUGCGCCCCAACGCCGGCACCUACCUCGAGCUGUUUGAGGCCUACCUGCGGGAGCAGAAGGGCGACGAGGCCAGGGCUCUAGUGGAAGAGAUGAGAGGCAAGGGAUUCGUGCCCGAGGGGAAGGCAGUGAGGGAGACGAUCGGGAAGCGCAGUCAGGUCUACAGAGCCGUCAUGGAUCUUUUCUUUGGCAAGUGAACUGAACUGAAUCGACCACAGUUUGUUCAUCAAAAAUUGCUGCUUUGGCUACGAGCUGCACUGCAGACUGAACCUGGUAACUAAUUCAAAAUCAAUGGCUUUCUGCUGUUUCUUCGGCGUAUCAAACAUUUGUAUUGUGCUUGUUUCUUGCUUAAAUCAGUGAGAAUUAGGAACAAAAUCAUCUUGCUCUGUACACUGCUUCUAUUUUCUCAAUCAACUGAGUCUAUGAUUUCGAUCU